CGAUGCACCUUCCUAAGGGAGCCGCAGAGAAGAAAUAGACGCGGUAAAAACCCUUUGCAGUCUGACCUAGGCGCUGUCCUUGGUGAGAAUGACGGCAGCAUGCGAGGGUCCGGUAUGGAAAAGCCCAACCAAUUCUUGACCCAAGGUGAGGAUAUGGUCGCAAGAUCAGCCUCGGUUGUGCCAACGACACAUGUAGAUACGGGGUUGGUGGACAUGCUGGACGUACGGGAUGGGCAGGAUGUGCUGACUCCGGCGAGGGCGAGACUGGAUGAUCCGCAGAUUUGGCUACCGGAUAUGGCGCUCAUCAACUUCUCCCCAAGCCUAGAAGAGCCGCCUACGCGGACUCUCGUGGAUGAUAGACCGAGUGAAGAGCAGACUUAUCUUGGCUUUCACAGUUCUCUACACGAGAACAUGCCCGUACCCAGCCAUCGACUUGGACAGCAAGGCCAAUAUCCAAUCAAUGCCAAUUCCAUCGCGACAUCGUCGCCUGUCUCUCGUCCGUCGCGGGAGAGUAGUGCGUCGUGUAACAAUCUGACGUUUGAAGGACCUUCACAAGGGACACCCGAAUCUUCUGGUGCACAGCAACAGCAUCCUCAUUCGCAGCAAGAGGCUUCGGCGUCCGCUGCCAGCGUUGAUUGGUCCCUUGAAUACAGCCUUGACUCUAGGCCAGGAUAUUCGCAUCAGCUUAUUGGCAAUUCGUGCGAGUCUGAUCCGUACCUGCUUCGUAAUUAUGGCUACGAUCAGUUGGACACAUACCGCAUGUUUCGACUCGAUUUUCGCAAGAUCAAGGACGAUGAAAGACUACAGCCAUUCUUGAAACAUUCAAAGGCGAAGGAGCCUUGCAUACCUGCAGGCAAACAACCUAUCCAGUUCGUCAUGACGAGCGAAGACAUAUGGAAGGACUCGCUUAAGUUUGUCGAGAAGGUGCAGUCAGGCGGUCCUACUGAGGCAGAUGACCUUGCUUUGCUCGACAGACUCGUCGCGAUGAAUCUAAGAACUCGGCUCAUCAAAUUAUACGUGAGACAUGUCCACCCCCGUUUUCCCGUCCUAUCUCUCUCCGACUUCUCCACGAUGCCAUUCCAUGAGCUGUCCACGGCUCGUCCCAUCGGCAUCCAAGCCGCUGUAUGCGCCCUUGCCCUUCCCUUUUCCUUCCUGGAUGACGAGUUGAGCAUCCUCAAAGGCUACGACCAGAGCUCGGCCGACGAUCUCUGGGCGAUCGCAUACAGGAGCUAUCAGCGUGCCACUUGCUUUUCGCAUCUCUCUUCGCUUCAGCUUUGUCUCUUGCUGUUGCAGGCUCCACCUCCAAAUUUUGCAGUCGCAGAGCCACUCAGCACGUGGGCUUUGACGUGCUCUGCCCUUUCCAUCGCCGAGAACAUGGGGCUAAACCACGACCCCUCAGACUGGAGACUACCCCGGGAGGAAGUCAUUCUGCGGAGACGACUUUGGUGGUUUACCUAUAUGCAACACGUCUGGCAUGCCAUCGUAGUGGCUCGACCGUCCCAUAUUCAUGAGGACAACUGGGAUGUUGGGGGCCUAGUUGCCAGCGACUUCGAAGUUGACGGCAUUUCAGAUCCUGAGAUUCGAUCGCGGGUCGAAAGAAACGUACCAAUGUGCAUUGCUCAAUGUGAACUAAGCAUUAUUGCUUCUGACGUACUAAAUGAAUUCUAUACAUUGCGAGCAGUCCGUAAAAACAGUGACCUGGGUGCUUUAUUGAGCCGUGCCCAGCCCUUGCGUUCACGUAUUGAAACUUGGAGACAAAGCCUUCCGCUGCUCUCCAAAAGAAUCUACGAGCUCGAAGAGAGCGAGUUCGACGACGGCGGCGCAUUACGAUUAUCGCAUCUGACACUAGAGGCGCUAAUACUACGGGCCCUAAUGAGACCGCUUUUCUACCAAGCCAUUCGCACAGAUUACACCCUGCGGGAGCCCAUUUCACUCAUAUUCGAGAACAGCUAUGCCUGCGCUAAAGUCGUGGUUGAGAUGAUCGCGGCGUUCAAAGCAAAACACUUCUCCGGUUUCUGGCACCCUCACGCGCGAUAUCAGCUGUGCUACUUUUCAAGUCUUAUCCUCAUGACUAUUACGCAAUCACCAACCAUUGAAAUUGCUCGACGCAGUAAGGCCUUGCUCGAUCAGUGGCGAGAUACGUUGCGAACCCAGAGUCGUGCUUGGCCUCUGGCCAGGCUAGCCACGAUCCGUUUGGAUGCAGCACUUUGGAAAGGAUUAAGUUUCAUCACACGUGGUUCGGGAGAGAAUAGUCCCGCUUCAAGUCUUCUUAAGCAACUAGAAGCGGAGAACGGCUCUUCGCCUCCAGUAAUAAGAAGUUCUAACAGUGACAGAGAUUAUAUUCAAGCCGUAUGA